CACACUCCGUGAACGACCUCCUAGACUUGAAAUUUUGGGUGGUCGCUUACGGAUGGAUCGACUGCAGUUAUUUUUCCGAUUUCAGAACUUCUGCUGCCGUGAAGUGGAACAGACAUGGUUGUCAAACAACUGCUCAACAUUACCAUUUUCCUCGUCUUUUGCCCAAUGUUCUGUGGAGCAACUGCUCUGCGGUGCAGCCAAGCGGAAUCUUCCAUAUAUGGCAUGAAGCUAAAGGGACACGUCAUCAAAACAAUCAAAAGGAUAUCGCUGGGUGGUUUAUGCUUACAGGAAUGUUAUCGUGAGGUCAGGUGUCAAAGUUACAAUUACCUUAUUUCCCGAGCAACGUGUGAAUUAAACGACCGCACCAAGGAAGCCAAACCUGAAGAUUUUGUUCCUGAUUCUGGAAGAUAUUAUUUUAGACGAGACAUGAAUAGGGUACCCCUCGGUUCCAUUCCUGAACUGCCCGCUGAAACUUGCAAAGAAAUCAAGGCCAGUGAAAGAGGACAAGCGGUCAGCGGCAAAUACUGGCUGAAUCCCAAGGGGUCAAUGGGCUCGAACACGUUUCCGGUAAGCUUUUAAUUCAGCUGUCUGUCUCUUCUUUUUUAACCCUGUGUUGUACAAUUUCAAAACCCUUCCCUCGCGGUCGUCCACAUAUUAAAUAGACUAGAAAAACACAUAAAGAGUUAAUUUCGAC